UGGAAAGAAGAAGAAGACAAUUUUUUAUCGUUUGGUUUAUUAAAAAUAAAAAUACGGUCCACAAGCAAACAAAUACCUGAAAAUUUACUAAAAUGAAGUCACAAACUGAAUAUAAAUUAAAAUCGGCACCUGAAGGUGCAAUUUCAGCAGUCAAAUUUGGUCCAAACAACAACCAAUUUCUUUUAGUGAGUUCUUGGGAUGGAUUUGUAAGAUUAUACGAUGUCAUUGCUAAUAAUUUAAGACAUAAAUAUUCUCAUGAGGCGCCUAUAUUGGAUUGUUGUUUUACUGAUGCAGUUCAUUCAUACAGUGGCGGCUUAGACACUACAUUAAAAUCUUUCGAUUUCAAUUCCACGAAAGAGAGCACUAUCGGGACCCAUGCUAAUGCCAUAAAAUGCGUCGAAUAUUGUAGUGACGUGAAUGCUAUUGUUACUGGAAGUUGGGACCAACACGUUAAACUGUGGGACCCUCGGACUCCUAUGUGUAGUGGAAGUUACAAUCAAGCGGAGAGAGUUUAUACGAUGAGUGUUUGUGGGGAAAAAUUGGUUGUAGGGACAGCUUUACGUAGAAUUCUUGUAUGGGAUCUCAGAAAUAUGUCCUAUACAUUACAAAAGCGCGAAUCUAAUUUAAAGUAUCAAACUAGAGCCAUCAGAUGUUUUCCUAACAAACAAGGUUUUGUUCUCAGCAGUAUUGAAGGAAGAGUAGCUGUGGAAUAUAUGGACACAAACCCAGAAGUUCAAAAGAAAAAAUACGCAUUCAAAUGCCACAGAAUAAAAGAAGAUGGUUUGGAAAAAAUUUACCCUGUGAAUGCCAUUAGCUUCCAUCCUCUCCAUAAUACCUUCGCUACUGGCGGGUCUGAUGGAUAUGUGAAUAUUUGGGAUGGUUUUAAUAAAAAACGCUUAUGCCAAUUCCAUCAGUAUCACACCUCAGUUACCUCUCUAAGCUUCAGUCACAAUGGUUCAGUAUUGGCCAUUGCUUGUUCUUACUUUUUGGAAGAAGAUCAAUUGCCUGAUCCCUUACCUGAGGAUAUUAUUUAUAUUAGGUCAGUUACAGACCAAGAGACAAAGCCUAAAUAUGUUGCUUCUUAAAAUAUCUAAGUGUUAUGAUAAUUUUGUGUGUAUGUUUAUAUUGUUUAUAAUUAUCCUUAAUUGUAAGUUAUGAUUGAUAAAUACAGUUUUUGUGA